UUCUCAUUACUGAUCCUACAAGGUUUCCUCUCUGAAAAGGCAUUCAAUACAUGGCUGAACCCCUGAAUCAAAUGUGGACUGUCUGAACUGGAAACCAUGGGCAGAUUCCGGACUGAGUUGGUAAUGUUCCUGAUGGUGGUGAACGUUUUGGUGUGGACGGAGGCACAUAAAGAGGGGAAGACACGGAGGCGAAAACUGGAGAGCCAACAGGAACCUCAGCCCCAGAGGAAUGGAUCUUCUUUCCGAAUGCCCCUGGAUCCAAUCUUGACCAGCGAGGCUACAGCAGGGUCAGGAGAGAUGGACUUUGACAAGACCAUAGAGGACAUGGUGUCUCAAGUAAAGAGCAACCCAGCUCUUUCCAAAACCAAAUGUGUGGUGGACCGCCAGCUUUGGAUGUCCAACAGUCGAAGCCUCUCCCCGUGGUCCUACAGAAUCAACCACGAUGAGAAGCGCCGGCCAGUGGACAUCCCGGAGGCGAAGUGCUCGUGCUCAGGCUGCAUCAACCCGUUCACCAUGCAGGAGGACCGCUCCAUGAGCAGCGCGCUCAUCUACACGCAGCUCCCGGUGCGCAGGCUGCUGUGCGACGCGCCGCCCGGCCGCAGGGGGCGCCGUAAGAAAUGCGUGCCGCGCUACAGGACCGUGGUGGAGAGCAUCGCAGUGGGCUGCACCUGCAUAGUGGGCUGAUGGGAUAUAGUGAUGUAUUAUUAAUAUGAUCUGUUUAUCAUGGGUGUUUAUGUUCAUGUUGUUAAAAUAAACCUUAAAAAACUCAAAGCUAAGCUAUCAUUAUUAUUAUUAUUAUUAUUAGUAGUAGUAGUAGUAGUAGCCCAUAGUAGAAAAACUAUAAUAAUAAUAAUAUGAAUUAUUAUCAUAUAGUGUUGUAUUAUUAAUAGUAUUUGUUUAUCAUAGUUGCUCAUGUUUGGGUUGUAAAAAUAAAACUUAAAACACAGAAAUAAGCUUUUCCUCUUAUUAUUAUUAUUAUUUUGUCAUAUUAAUAAUAGUAACAGAGGUGCCAAUAGUUCUAGAGGGCACCAUAUCACAUGUAAACAAAAUAUCUGGUAAUAAAUUUGACAAAU